AUGGAGAAAUUAGAUCAACAUCCUCAUCAUCAAGCAAAUCACAAUAAUAACCACAAUAAAAUAGCUAAAUGUGCCAAUCCUGGCCAUCUUCGAAAUAAAAAAAUUUCGAAAUUAUUAAAAGAAGAAUUAAAAUGUUUUGAGCCAGAAAUUGUUUUUGAAGGAAUUUAUGACAAUAAUAAAACAAAAAUUAAAUGUUUAACUAAAAAUAAUGAAGAAAAUAUUCAAUGGAUUUUAAACGAUAAAUCAAUAGAAAUGUCUAUAUUGGGGGAAAUAGAAAUAUUAGAUGAUGGGACAUUAUUACUUGGAAAUAGAGAAUUAUUAAGUAAAUUACAGUGUUCAAUAAAUUAUCCACAAAUUUCUUUCAGACAAUUACGUGAUGCUAUAGGGGAUGUAUCAUUACCAGAAAAACAAAGUUCGAAUAUUAAACAACAACAACAAAAUAAUGAAAAUAAUAAUAAAUUAAAAAAUAAUGGAAAUUCUCCUCGAUUUACUUAUACACCAAGAGACAGACGAUAUCGGGAAGGGACAGCUGUACAAUUAAAUUGUGAGGCGAUUGGUAAUCCAAAACCAAAAAUAUAUUGGUUUUUUAAUUCUCACCAAAUAGAGCCUUCACGUAAACACACAUUUCAUAAUGACGGAAGUCAAUUAUUAAUUUAUCCUUUUCUUGAACAAGAUAUUGGUAUUUAUAAUUGUGAGGCUGUAAAUAUAAAUGGAAGAAAUAAAAGUUUAAAUGCUCGUUUAGAGAUUAUUAAAAGUUAUCCACCAGAAAUUAUUGAAGGGCCAAAAUCAAAAAAUGUUGGGAUUGGACAGAAAAUUACUUUUAGAUGUAAAGCUAAAGGAGAACCAAAACCCUCAAUUGGUUGGUUUUUUAAUGGAGUGGAAAUUUCUUCUUUUGGAGGGCAUUUCCAAGAACAUAUUCUUGUAUGGCAGGAAAUACAGUUGGUUCAAUGACUGCAGAUGCCCAAUUAGAAAUAAAUUCUUCA